AGCAGACUCACUCAACUUCAUCCUGUCAACAGCUUCUCGAGCCGAAUGGGCAAUCAUCUCAUUCUAGAUGAAUUUCCUGGCUCAUCGGUGCUCAAAAAUCUCACCUCAUUCCACCCCUCCAAGCCCCCUCUAAACUACGUGGGAUGACCUUGAUGAUGCCAGCAUCCAACCCCUCCACCUCCCCAGACGCCACGCCUCUAUCUCUCCGAUUCAUCGACCCCACUCACCAAGAGCCGAAGAAGAAGAAGGCUCACAGGAAGAGUAGAGGCGGCUGCAUACCAUGCAAAAAAAGGAAGGUAAAGUGCGACGAAUCGACCCCCUGCACGAACUGCACCCGCCGCAACGAACCAUGCACACGCCCUCAGUCCUCCGCCCCAGAGACGACGGCGUCCUCAUCGCCCGCUGCCGUCGGCACGGGACCGGCACGGCCGGUAGACGCCUCGGGGCCCGUGAACCUCCUCCACAUGCAACUCCUUCACCACUUCCAGCACGCGACGAUCCCCACCCUCUGCUUCGCCGACGUCUGGGCGUCCGUCCUCCCGCUGGCCUUCCGGGCAGAGUACCUCAUGACGGCCAUCCUCGCCGUCUCGGCGCGGCACCUCAGCACCCUCAGACCAGAAGACGCCGUCUACGGGGAAGCGAGCCUGGCCCUCUUGUCCCGCAGCUGCGCCCUCUUCGGCGCCGAGCUCAGCCGGGACGACGGGGCCGGUGGAGGGUACGACUCUCUCUUCUUCACGGCGCAGCUCAUACACUACCUCACGUGGUGUAAUCUCGAGUCCGUCGACGGCCCCGACGACGCCGACGACAACGCUCUCGACCUCGCCCGGGACCAGCUCUUUCUUCUCAGCUCCGGCGUGCGGGUCUUCCUCUCCGGCACGCGGGCGCAGGGACCAGACAGCAUCUUCGCCAAGGCAUGGCAGGACGCCCCGUGCGACGCCCUCGACAAGAUCGCAGCGGAACAGGGCAUGGAUCGCGGCCGGAUCCAGCGAGCCUUUCUAGAUCGAUAUGAUGAGAUGACAACCACCCCGGAGCACCGCAGCAGCGCGGACCGUCAGCGCGCCGCCUUCACCGGCAUCGUGGAGCGGCUGUCCGUCAUCGUGGCCCUCUGGCAACACCGCAGCACGAAUCCGCGGCCCCCGGCGACGCCGGACCUCGAGCGAUACGUCCUCGCCUUCCCGCUGUUUUGCUUCGGCCCGUUCCUCGACAUGAUUGUCGCAAACGACCCGCGGGCGCUGCUUGUGUUGUAUCACUUUUACGAGACCUCGCGAUUGCUUCUCGGGGAGGACGACGGGGAACCCACGUGGUGGGCGUGUGACAGACUCAUCGCCAUGCCAAAAAUGCUUGAACAAGAGUUGCGCAGGAGGGGUAUGCAGCCUGCGGUGAUGUGAUCCGGAUCUCGGGGGUGAGUCCCGUUGUUUGAUUCGAGAUUAUGGCAACUGAGUCAGGGACAGACUUUCGUCACAAACAUUCCUCGCGUGGGAAUCGCCAGCCCUGAUCGACGAAAAGAAAGGCGCCACCAGAAAAGAUAAGCAAGAGAAAACAAAGGCAUUUACAAGGUGGCGAGAACAUUGAAGAAUGUAUCACGGAAUGCGGACCCAACCAUCUAUCGAAAACCGCAUACCAACCACCACAGCAAGGGACGUGAGAAAGAAUUACCGUCUACAACCCCCUUCUCUACUAGCAAAGAAGCUUCGUAAAUAGUCCAACAAAUCGUUCCACUACCAAGAACGCAAUCCUCCGACUACCAACGAGGCCGUCGCAGACUCUAUUCCCCCUCCCCCUCCCCUCCCUCUUCACGCGCCGCCUGCGUCUAAAAGUGUCUGCCAGUCCAAUGUGGCGUGCCGGAGCAACCCAC